CAUCAGGUGACCACAAACGAGACAUACCAUUACAAGAUACAAUCAAAGCUGAAGCUCUUGCAGUGAAUAGUAUUGGUCAGAUGAUGAUUGCGGAUGGCAGCAACGCGUCCUUAGUGUUCAUCAACUGGCAGUCUGGAAAGGAAGAACACACCACACCAUCUGGAUUUUUCGACAGUGGUUACGGCACAUUCAUAGCAGUGACUAAACAGGAUCACAUCAUAAUAUCUCAAUCUGACACUAAUAACAUCAGAUGUGUAGACAGUCAUGGUGAGGAAGUGUUCAGAUACGGUGGUUGUGGAGAGAAUGCACUGAAUGAUCCCUUUGGUGUUUGUGUAGACACACUUGGGAAUAUCCUAGUAGCUGACUAUGGUAACAACAGAGUGCAGUUACUCUCACCUGAUGGCAACUUCAUCAGACACGUACUGUCAGAAAGUGAAGGGUUGAAGUAUCCAUGGUGUCUCGCAAUGGACACAGAUGACAACCUGCUGGUAGGAACAAUGGGUUUAGAAAAAUGUGAAGCAUUUGUCGUGAAAUAUAAGCCGUAGAUCUGGUCUCUUGUAGAAUAGAUGGGGAAAACAUGAGGAUGUUGAAGAUAUAUUUCCCCCAUCAAGACUUGGUUCUAGGGAUCACUCUGCGUUAACGUUUUAAAGCAAUUGUUCCAUUAAUGAUUCUAAUUCACAAAAGUCAGUGUAUGAGAGACCCCUUGAAUGAAUGGUUGGUUAUAUAGAUGGCGCUACACAAAAUGCCACCUCGACUCUAAAUAGAGUGACACUUCAGGCCUAUAUACUUCAAGAAAUCAUUACAUCAAUCAUUGGAUCAGGCGACUAUGAAUGAAAGAUUGAUGACGCUGGAUAGGCCACAUCUCCUCUUCAUAAAUAAUAAAAUAACCACUCUGUUAAUGAUUCAAGAAGUCAAUGGAUGACCGAUCGCCUGUCAAUAAAUACGUAGACUUGUGCAAUUAUCCCGUCAUGUUUCAUAAUAAGUCAUUUGAUAAUGCAACCCCUGAAUAGAAUGUCUUCAUUAUAGAUGGGAAAAAACAAGUCGCAUCUCAACUUGAAUUGGCACACAUUAUUCAAACUCGAGUACUCCAUUGCCUGGCGUGGAACAAUUUAGUAAAAGCAUUUCUGUAAAUUUCUCUUUGGACAAAGUAUUUCGUA